GGGAUUUAUACACCGACUCGAAAACCAUUGCCAGUUCUUUAUAUAUAUAUAUACAUAUAUAUAAGCGGGGGAGAGAGAUGUCGCUUUUGUGGUUAUCCCUCUUCUCUUGUUCUUGGGUUGGGUUUUUCUCUCACUAGUAUAUAUUUAUAUUCUCUCUGUUUAAGGAAAUUGAAAAGCUUCUUACCUCCCAUCAAUGGUGGAUCUUCAAACUGUAUGUUGCAUGUGCGGCGACGUCGGUUUCCCUGACAAGCUCUUCCGUUGCAGCAAAUGCCGCCAUCGCUUUCAGCACUCCAACUACUACAGUGAAUUCUCGGAGUCAGUUGAGCUGUGUGAUUGGUGCCAGAGCGAAGAGAAGAACGCCAGAAAUGGAAACUCUUCGAAGAAAUCAGCAGCCGGACAUGAUAGUGGAGGAGUUACUAACCGAUCGGAGUACUCAGGUGACAAAAUCAAGCAACAUGAUCGUGAAGAGAGCACCGCCGAGAAGGGAAAGAGCUCGAGUGGUGUGCCUUCUCCAAGAACAGCUACUCGCAGGUACAAGCUUCUCAAGGAUGUGAUGUGUUAAAACGUUAACGGGGGAGUUGGUGUCAAAACCUUUUCUUGGGUGUUCAUAGUAGCAAAUACUAAUUAUAUAAGCUGUUUCUUUUGGUGUUUUCUUUUGAGUUAUGGAUGCGGUUUGUUCAUGCUAUGUUUUGAUCAGUUAGUUGUUAAUAAAAUAAUGCGACUUUUUUCAAUA